UGUGGCGCAGGCGCAGUGCGGAUAAACAGGAAGCGGGCGGUAGCGGCAGCGGCAGAGGCGGAGGAGGCUUAGGGGCUUGGGCGGAAAUAGCGGCAGAACGGAGACGCAUUUGGAGGGCCACUGGAGGCGACGGGAAAAGAAAAGGAGCUUUGGCCGUCAACCUCCGUGAGGGCAGCUUUGCUGUCUGUUCGGGACCCCCCCAAGUCCUAGGGCUCUGGGCCUGCGGCCCGGCGGACGGAAGCCGAAGAGGACCCGCAGAGGUGGCGGCGGCCGGCGGCAGGAGGAUGGUGCAGAAGGAGAGCCAGGCAGCGCUAGAGGAGCGGGAGAGCGAGCUCAGUUCCAAUCCCGCCGCCGUCUCGGGGACAUCGUUGGAGCCCCCGACCGCUACAGCCCCUGGAGAAGAUAACCCGAGCGGAGUCGGAGGAGCCUCCGUGGCCGGGGCGGCUGGAGGGACUCGGAGGUUCCUGUGCGGCGUGGUGGAAGGUUUUUAUGGAAGACCAUGGGUUAUGGAACAGAGAAAGGAACUCUUUAGAAGGCUUCAGAAAUGGGAAUUAAAUACCUACUUGUAUGCUCCAAAAGAUGACUACAAACACAGGAUGUUUUGGCGAGAGAUGUAUUCAGUGGAAGAAGCAGAGCAACUUAUGACUCUCAUCUCUGCUGCACGGGAAUAUGAGAUAGAGUUCAUCUAUGCUAUUUCUCCUGGACUGGAUAUUACGUUUUCUAACCCCAAGGAAGUAUCUACAUUGAAACGCAAACUGGACCAGGUAUCUCAGUUUGGGUGCAGGUCAUUUGCCUUACUUUUUGAUGAUAUUGACCAUAACAUGUGUGCGGCAGACAAAGAAGUUUUCAGUUCUUUUGCUCAUGCACAGGUCUCCAUCACAAAUGAAAUUUAUCAGUACCUAGGAGAGCCAGAAACUUUCCUGUUCUGUCCUACCGAAUAUUGUGGCACAUUUUGUUACCCAAACGUGUCUCAGUCUCCUUAUUUAAGAACCGUGGGUGAAAAGCUUCUUCCUGGAAUUGAGGUGCUUUGGACAGGUCCCAAAGUUGUUUCUAAAGAAAUUCCAGUAGAGUCCAUUGAAGAGGUUUCUAAGAUCAUUAAGAGAGCUCCAGUAAUUUGGGAUAAUAUUCAUGCUAAUGAUUAUGAUCAGAAGAGGCUGUUUCUGGGCCCCUACAAAGGAAGAUCCACAGAACUCAUUCCACGGUUAAAAGGAGUCCUGACUAAUCCAAAUUGUGAAUUUGAAGCCAACUAUGUUGCUAUCCACACUCUUGCCACGUGGUACAGGUCAAACAUGAAUGGAGUGAGAAAAGAUGUCGUCAUGACUGACAGUGAAGACAGUACUGUGUCAAUCCAGAUAAAGUUAGAAAAUGAAGGCAGUGAUGAAGAUAUUGAAACUGAUGUGCUGUAUAGUCCACAGAUGGCUUUAAAGCUAGCAUUAACAGAAUGGUUACAGGAAUUUGGUGUACCUCAUCAAUACAGCAGUAGGCAAGUUGCACACAGUGGAGCUAAAGCAAGCGUAGUUGAUGGGACUCCUUUAGUUGCAGCACCCUCUUUAAACGCCACAACUGUAGUUACGACAGUUUAUCAGGAGCCCAUUAUGAGCCAGGGAGCAGCUCUUAGUGGUGAACCUUCAGCUCUGACCAAGGAAGAAGAAAAGAAGCAGCCGGAUGAGGAACCCAUGGACAUGGUAGUAGAAAAACAAGAAGAACCAGAACACAAGAAUGACAAUCAAAUUCUCACUGAAAUUGUUGAAGCUAAAAUGGCAGAGGAAUUAAAGCCAAUGGAUACUGAUAAGGAGAGUAUAGCUGAAUCAAAGUCCCCAGAGAUGUCCAUGCAAGAAGACUGCAUUAAUGAUAUUGCUCCUAUGCAGACUGAUGAGCAGACGAAUAAGGAGCAGUUUGUGCCAGGUCCAAAUGAAAAGCCUUUGUAUACUGCAGAACCAGUGACUUUAGAGGAUUUGCAAUUACUUGCUGAUCUGUUCUACCUUCCUUAUGAGCAUGGACCCAAAGGAGCACAGAUGUUACGGGAAUUCCAGUGGCUUCGAGCAAAUAGCAGUGUUGUCAGUGUGAAUUGCAAAGGAAAAGAUUCUGAAAAAAUUGAAGAAUGGAGGUCACGAGCAGCCAAGUUUGAAGAGAUGUGUGGGCUAGUGAUGGGAAUGUUCACCAGGCUUUCCAAUUGUGCCAACAGGACAAUCCUUUAUGACAUGUACUCCUAUGUUUGGGAUAUCAAGAGUAUAAUGUCUAUGGUGAAGUCUUUUGUACAGUGGUUAGGGUGUCGUAGUCAUUCUUCAGCACAGUUCUUAAUUGGAGACCAAGAACCCUGGGCCUUUAGAGGUGGUCUAGCAGGAGAGUUCCAGCGUUUGCUGCCAAUUGAUGGGGCAAAUGAUCUCUUUUUUCAGCCACCCCCACUGACUCCUACCUCCAAAGUUUAUACUAUCAGACCAUAUUUUCCUAAAGAUGAGGCUUCUGUGUACAAGAUUUGCAGAGAAAUGUAUGAUGAUGGAGUGGGUUUACCUUUUCAGAGUCAGCCUGACCUUAUUGGAGACAAGUUAGUAGGAGGGCUGCUUUCCCUAAGCCUGGAUUACUGUUUUGUCUUAGAAGAUGAAGAUGGCAUAUGUGGUUAUGCUUUGGGCACUGUAGAUGUGACACCCUUCAUUAAAAAAUGUAAAAUCUCAUGGAUCCCCUUCAUGCAGGAGAAGUACACCAAGCCAAAUGGUGACAAAGAACUCUCAGAGGCUGAGAAAAUAAUGUUGAGUUUUCAUGAAGAACAGGAAGUAUUGCCAGAAACUUUCCUUGCCAAUUUCCCUUCUCUGAUAAAGAUGGAUAUUCACAAAAAAGUAACUGACCCAAGUGUGGCCAAAAGCAUGAUGGCUUGCCUUCUGUCUUCACUGAAGGCUAAUGGUUCCCGGGGAGCUUUCUGUGAAGUGAGACCUGAUGAUAAAAGAAUUCUGGAAUUUUACAGCAAGUUAGGCUGUUUUGAAAUUGCAAAGAUGGAAGGAUUUCCAAAGGAUGUGGUUAUACUUGGCCGAAGCCUGUAAUACUCGUUGGCACUGUGAACUGUUAAAAGUCUCUUAACUCCACCUUGUGGUUGGUGGUUGAGGUCUUCACACAGUUCAGCCUGUGGAGCAGCCACAAAUCAGCCAAUUGUAUUGGACACAGACGUCUAUGUAGAACUCACCCAUCACUCCUUCAAACUGCUUGUUGGUUGGAAGAAGAUAGCAGUGCUGCAUAUCCUGUGUGAAAUAGGUGUGCCCUUCUUGGGUCUUUUGUUAGGUGCCAAGACUCUUACAUGGGCUUAGAGGGAAGAGGGUCUUCAAUAAAUAUAGUCAGCACUAUUUUCUGCAUCCAGUGUGGUUGCAUUUCUCUCCUAAGAGUAAUGAAAAUCACUUAUGUUAUUGUCCUUGGUUUACUGAAUGAAAUGUCUCUUAUUAUUUGGAGGCAUGGCAGAGAUGACAAAGAUUUAGUGGAUUUAAGAAGCUUCAAGGUGAAAUUUCCAAUUGGGUUUUGUGUUGGCAUUAGUAAAGCUGAAUAAAUUAUUUCAAUUGGGGGCAAUUUUUCUGCUUUUUAUAAAACCACGGCCAAUUGUCUCCUAUAGUGCUAUUGGUUCAGGCAUGUUGUGCUUUGUAGGGACAAAUGUGCAUUUGUUUAUGGCAAAAGCCUAAAAUUGACAAACUUGUAAAUUUCUGUGUAUAUAAACUAGCUGUAACUUGACUGUUCAUUUUAUUUACUGGUUUUGUAAAUUUUUCCUUUUGAAAACGAAAGGUGUUGGUUUAGGAUGGCACUUUCAAUAAUGUAAAUUCAUGAAAAGUAGAUUUUCUUUACUUUGUCUUUUUCUUCAUAAAAAAAAAAGUUUUAUUUUUAAAGUGCCUCCCACAUAGGGCUAGGCCAUGACCAUUUGGGGUAUGAGUGGCUAAUUUUGUAUAGGACUCAAGGAAAGUGCAGUCACUUCUGGACUUUUGAAAACUAACCUCAAUAGCAGAUCAGCAUGUGAAAUGUUAGUUUUGAUAUCACUGUCAAAUAGGGUAAAGGGACUGAUCUCUUUUGCCCUUAGAUGCGUUUCACUUAAUCUCAAGACAUGUUACUACUGGUUUAAUGCAAUCAGAGUCUUUAAUUCUUGCAUGUUUGUAUCUAAUUUUUAAAGAAAGAAUGAGCACACUUUACCAAUGAUUUAUGGUUUCUUUCUAUUUUAAUCAUAGAUUCUAAAAACUUAAUGUAUCUUAAUUUAGAUUUGGUGUUCUUAAGGGUCCUGAGCAUGAAGCUGACAGGUAAUCUGCAGAAUUCAUUUUCUUUCUAUCAUGGCUGGCUAACUUCUCCAUAGAUUCCUUCCAAUAUUUUGUUACCUUGCUUCCCUACAGUUUUAUAACAGCUUUGUAACUUUGAACUGAGAGAGGACAGAAGGACUAAGUAGGAAACUUGAAACAUUUCCUUCUAAGAGCCAGUGUGGGGCUUUGAUUAAGUCUUAAAUUUAGCAUUACACCUAGUGGUGCCUAGUAACUCCCAGUUGAGGCCUAGGGUGUGCUGAAUGAGAAUGAGGAAAGAAUCCUCUCUUAACUGAUAGAUAUUAGAAAACUAAAGGCAAAUUUGUAUUUUUGAAGGCUGAGUUGAAGGGGAAUGUCCCUAUUAAGCUGUUGUUUAAGCAUGUUUAAGAGUGUACUCAGCUUUCUCUUUGACUACAUCCCAGGCAUUAGUGACAAUUACAGCAUUAAUGAUCUGGUUGAUUUGAGUCAACUUCAUAGGGAAUCAGGAAUUUUUAAAUAAAUUGCUUUGGUUUUAUCUUGGCUUUUAAUAAUCACUUUGGCUGGUCGUCUGGUCACAUGUCUUGACAGAUGCCCAGGUCUGUAUGUCAUCACUCUAGGAUAAAGUGCUAUGCUAUCUUCUCUGGUUAUGAAUAUUUAUCAAGGUUGGAAUGACAUUUCAUUGUUUGAGUCACAGAUCAGUUCCUGUAGAAAAUGGAAUGUAAAACUAUCUGAAGACCUGCAAGAGGCAAAAUAAAACUUGAAGUGAA